UUUUAUUCUCUUCUGCAAUGGUGGGUAGUUUCCUUCUGUUAUUUUUCGGUUUUUUCCCAUCUUCUGUUUUUUGUUUUGUUUUUCUGCCUAACUAUAUUAUCCAUUGCAGGAACCAGAAUGAGUGGUUUCGUGGAUGUCUCAAAGAUCUCUGCAACACAAAACCCGGAAUUGAGAUUCUUAAGUCAAAAGUCUAUAAAGUUAUCACGGGUUAGGAGGGAUGGAUCCGGAAGUGCGUUUGUUUGUGGAACUCCAAGCAUCAUCACAAGUGUGAACAAGAAUAGAAGAUUGGAAGUGAAAGCUUUCACAGAAGAGCAGGAAGCUCUGGUUGUGAAGUCAUGGAAGUCAAUGAAGAAGAAUGCAGGAGAAUUGAGUCUUAAGUUCUUCUUAAGGAUCUUUGAGAUUGCACCAUCUGCACAGAAUCUGUUCACAUUCCUGAAAGAUUCAGACGUUCCUCUGGAGCAGAACCCGAAGCUCAAACCUCAUGCUCUGACUGUCUUUGUCAUGACCUGUGAAUCAGCAGUGCAACUUCGUAAAGCAGGCAAAGUCACUGUGAAAGAGUCAAAUCUGAAAGAUUUGGGUGCUACUCAUGCCAAAUACGGUGUGGUUUCUGAACAUUUUGAGGUUACAAAGUAUGCAUUGUUGGAAACCAUAAAGGAAGCAGUUCCAGAAAUGUGGUCACCAGAAAUGAAGAGUGCAUGGGGAGAAGCUUAUGAUCAGUUGGUUGCUGCUAUUAUGGAAGAAAUGAAGCCUCCUUCACAAGAAUCUUAAAUCUAUUAGUAAGUUCAAAAAAAUAAAAUAAAUUACCCACUUCAUUUUUGAGAUAUGUCAUGUAUUUUCGAUCAUUUUGUUCACUUAAAAACUUUUAUAUAUCGUCUGA